AUGCCUAACAUGAAGCUCUUCGUCGGACUUGUUACACUCUCGGCCACCGUUAUGGGCCAAAAGCUCUGUGAUAAGUACGACAGUGCUAGAAGCCCCCCAUACUCGGUGAACAACAACUUGUGGGGAGAAUACCAAGGCACCGGCUCCCAGUGCGUGUACAUUGACAGCCUCUCCAGCGCGGGUGCGUCGUGGCACACUACUUGGACCUGGAACGGCGGUAAGGGAACGGUGAAGAGCUACUCUAACUCAGGCGUGGACUUCGAGAAGAAGCUCGUGAACGAUGUGCGAACCAUUCCCACCGGGGUAGAAUGGACGCAGGAUAACACCAAUGUCGAUGCUGAUGUCGCAUAUGAUAUGUUUACCGCGGCAAACGUGGAUCAUGCUACAUCCAGCGGUGAUUAUGAACUGAUGGUUUGGCUUGCUCGUUACGGCACAAUCCAACCCAUUGGUAAGCAGAUUGACACGGCCACGGUGGGAGGAAGGUCCUGGGAGGUGUGGUAUGGCACCAGCAUCCAGGCCGGUGCUGAGCAGAAAACGUACAGCUUCGUGCCAGUGAACCCGAUUAACAACUACAAAGGGGAUCUCAAAGCUUUCUUCGACUAUCUAUCCAGCACGCAAAGCUUCCCCUCUGCCACCCAGUACCUGAUUAAUCUUCAGUUCGGAACAGAGCCAUUCACCGGGGGUCCCGCAAAGUUCACUGUGUCCAACUGGGCUGCCAGUGUCUACUAA